AUGCGGAGCUUCAGGAUGAGAAACUUGUUGUCCCGAGUCAAGAGAAGAACAAAGAAAACCAUUAGAAACAGAAACAUAGCCACAAGAAACUGCAUUCCCAUAACAAAAGAGUUAACACGCUCAGUGGAACAAGAAGAUGAAGAAAUUACUGAGGAAGGUUUCAGCAUCAAAAGCUCUGCCCCAUCACACACUCACGGUGUUCAACCCUUGGGAAAUCUCUAUCUGAACCCAGGUUCCGUUAACUCCAGAGACACUGGCUUGGGUAAUCUUCAUACCCUUUCGGAUGAGCUUGUUCUUGACAUUCUCGGGUUUCUGGAAGCUUCUUCUGUAGGAAUUUUGGCCAGUGUCAGCAAGUCUUUCUACGUGUUCACCAACCAUGAACCCCUUUGGAGGAAUCUCGUGUUGGAGAAUCUUCCUGCUGGGUUUCAGUACAAAGGAUCCUGGAAAUCCACCUAUGUUUCUGCUUGUUACCCUUCAUUUGAUGACUCCGCUAUUGCUCUUGGGGGUUUUAAAGUUAGAGACUUUUACUCGGAUUAUCUUUUCCAGAGUUGGCUAUGUGCUAACCUUGAAAUGAAGCCUGAGUGGUUGGAGAGGGAUAAUGUGGUACGGAAGAGGGGAAUUUCGGUUGAGGAAUUUGUGUUGAAUUUUGAGGAGCCUAAUAAGCCGGUGUUAUUGGAAGGGUGUAUUGAUAAUUGGGGUGCGUUGGGAAAUUGGGAUAGGGAUUACUUGAUAAGGUUGUGUGGCGAUGUUAAGUUUUCAGUUGGGCCAGUGGAGAUGAAGCUUGGAGAUUACUUUGGAUACUCGGAUCAGGUCAGAGAGGAAAGGCCCUUAUAUUUGUUUGACCCCAAGUUUGCUGAAAAAGUUCCAAAAUUGGGUGAUGAAUAUGAAGUUCCAGUGUACUUUAGGGAAGACUUGUUUAGUGUUUUGGACAAUGAGAGGCCAGACUACAGGUGGAUUAUUAUUGGACCUGCAGGGUCUGGAUCUUCUUUCCAUGUUGAUCCGAAUUCAACCUCGGCUUGGAAUGCAGUGAUCAAGGGGUCCAAGAAAUGGAUUUUGUUUCCUCCUGAUGUGAUUCCACCUGGUGUUCAUCCUAGUCCUGAUGGGGCCGAAGUGGCAUCUCCUGUUUCGAUAAUUGAAUGGUUCAUGAACUUCUAUGGAGCAACCAAAAAUUGGAAAACGAAACCAAUUGAGUGUGUAUGUAAAACUGGAGAGGUGAUCUUUGUGCCUAGUGGAUGGUGGCAUUUGGUGAUCAACCUGGAGGAAUCCAUAGCCAUAACCCAAAACUAUGUUAGUAGGAGAAAUUUGGUAAAUGUCUUGGAUUUUCUGAAAAGGCCAAAUGCAAGCACACUGGUAUCUGGAACAAGGGAUCGAGUGAAUUUGUACGAUAAGUUUAAGAAUGCUAUUGAGGCUUCUUUUCCCGGAGAAAUUGAUGAUUUGACUCGGAAAGAAGAAGAGAGAAAGAUCCAGCAGAGGAAACUCCCCUUUUGGGAUUCUGUAACAGAUGCUAAUGCGGGAGCUUUCAAGUUCUCUUUCUAG